UUCCCCAGUUGUUCAGUUUCAUCGUCUACUUCUCAGCUUCGCAGUUUCUCUCUCCAAUUAUCAAAAAUGACGAAAUUAAGGAAGCUCAAUCGGCCUACCGGCCACCGUAUUUCUAUGCUCAGAACAAUGGUUUCUCAGUUGGUGAAACACGAGCGAAUCGAGACUACUGUUGCAAAGGCGAAAGAAGUUCGAAGAUUAGCUGAUAAUAUGGUUCAAUUGGGAAAAGAUGGCUCUCUUUGUGCUGCAAGACGUGCUGCUGCUUUUGUCAGGGGCGAUGAUGUUAUUCACAAGUUAUUUACCGAGUUGGCAUAUCGAUACAAAAACCGAGCUGGUGGUUACACAAGGCUGCUCAGGACACGUAUUCGAGUUGGUGAUGCUGCCCCAAUGGCUUAUAUCGAGUUUAUUGACAGAGAAAAUGAGCUUAGGCAAUCAAAACCUCCAAAUCCGCAACCACCACAGAGAGCGCCCUUGGAUCCCUGGACAAAGUCGAAACUUUGCAGACAAUAUGCCCCUCCUAAAGAGGAGAAGAUAUCUGAUUCUGAUAUUUAGUAUAAUCUGCGAUUUGGUGAUGGCGCAAUAUAUGAGUUUUGGCGAUUUCAUAUGCUCAACACUAAAUGUUAAUUCCAGAGAUUUUGUAGCAAAUGAGUGAUCGGUUGAUCUGUGCUAGUGGGAUUGUGCGUAGUUAAUAGUUGGGGGGAUUUCUCCAAACAUUACGCUUAAUUUAUCUUGUUUUAAUUUUAGGUUAGGAGAUGGUGCUGAAUCUGCUUUCAGUUGGGUGAAUUCCGUUGAGAGAAAACCACUCUCAACUUUCUUCUUGUAGUUGCAAAUUACUUGUUGUAUGACUUAUAGAGAAAACCACUCUCAACUUUCUUCUUGUAGAGAAAACCAUUAAAAAAUGCAAAAGUAGUUGCAAAUUACUUCUUGUAUGACUUAUAAUAAAACUUGCAAAUUCGGCAGUUGCUUUUUGAAUUUAUAAAAAGAUAUAGUCGGUGUAUUUAAUUACUGAA